CGCGCGACCCGUCGCUUUGCGAGUCGAGCGAUUGUGAUAAAGCUAUGACUCAGUCCCGCGUAGAUGGACAAACGAACGCGUUGUGUCCUCGCUUAUUUUAUGAGCCAAAAAUAAAAUGAUUCCGAACGAAUGACAGUAAAAAUGAAAAACUACUAAAAAUGGAAUGUACAAUUUAUGGUCGAUGACGUAUUGCGCGCCAACUGUCCUCUCGAGAGUUAUCGAUUAGCGAACUUCUUGAAAUGUAGAGCGUUCAGUGUGUCUAGGUCACUCAUAUUUCGAUGUGAUCCGACGGAGUCAGUUCAUCUCAACUUUUCAGUGCAAUUAGUUAUGUGAUCUUAUGUCAAUCAAGUGAAAUUCAUUGUCAAUGACUACGAUAGUUUAGAUUGAACUUAAAUAAAUGAUAGUUUUAGAUGAAAAUAGUGUAAUACUUACAAAAUAGCUUGUAUUUACAUUAAGUGCUGAUAAUUUAAGUGGUGUUUUGUGUCUUGUGAGUGAAAACAUUAAAAUGUUUGGAGUUUUUAUGAAGAGAUUGAAACCCAAAAGGGUAUCAAACAACGAAAGAAAUGAGAGUCCUGAGACAGACGGCAGUGUCUCCCCGGAACCUCCUGACAGACCGCCCGGGAAGGUCCGUCAGGUCCACCCGGAAGAGAAAACGCAAGUCGUGGCAUAUGAUUCUAGUUUUCGUAAGAAAAACAAACCGAAAACUUUGCCUAUAGAGGAGAAUCAUUACAACCAUCUAGCGAAUACAAAUGUGGUCAACUCGCCGUAUCCGCUGACGCCGAACAUUUGUGUUGAAGGAGGAAAGAUUGAGUUCAUAAAGUCGCCGCCAGGGAGUGCGCGGAACAGUUUGGCGUUGGCCUCGCCACCACAGACGCCGCUACUGCAGCGCCGUGGCAGCAGAGAGAAGCGCGAAGCCCGUAUCUAUGACGAGCCGGCCGAGAAGUUUGACGGUGACAAGGAACUGCUGGAGAAACGCAUCAAGCAGUUGGAAGACCAGCUUGAAGAAGAGAAGAGGAAGACACAAAGAGAGAGGAUGGCAGUCACCAAGCUGCAGAACAAAUUGAUUAAGCGCGAGGGAGCUGCUCGCAGCGAUGCGGAGCGCGAGCGGCGCGCGCGCGGGGAUUGGGAGGCGCGUGCGCGCGCAGCCGAGGCCGACGCCGCACGGCUCGCCAGCAAACUGCACGCGGCGCAGCGGGAGAUUGUCAGGAUGGAGGAGACAGUCCGGUCGCUGCUGCAGUACAAGACCCGCGUGGAGACCUUGAAGCAGGAGAAGGCUUCCUUGUCUUCCGCCCUGGAGGCUUCAGCAGCGCACUACCAAAGCCAGCUGACGACCCUGAGCGCGGAGAACGACCGUCUGCGUGGUCAGUUGUCGGCGCUGUCGGCCGGGCUGGGCGGCGAGCAGGAACGUCGACUCGACGAUGUCGCUCAGCAAGUUGUGCGCGCGCUGCUCUCUCAGAAGAGCGUGCGCGAAGAGCUGGGUUGCGCACGCGCCCGCGUCCGCGAGCUGGAGGCGCAGAACCGCGCGCUGAGCGCCCUGUUGGUGCGACAGCUGCGCCCGCAGCCGCGGCCCUCGCCCGCCACGCCGCACACGCCACACACGCCACACACGCCGCACACGCCCAGGGAUCUACAAGUGCACCUAGUGGACGUGGGGUCGUGCGGCUCGCUAGUCUCGUUCCGGGACUCGCCGCCGCCCGCGCACCCUGCACCACAGCCACACCCGCUCAGCCACGACGACAAGCGGAGACACCAGAUAUUAUCUGAUAUCUGGACUGAGUUGAAGGGUUUGGAAGUGACCCCAGCAAACCUGGCUCGUGCACUAUCAGCGGUGGACCCGACGUUGUGGGCGCCGCCCACGCGCCCCGCCACCUUGAGUCUCAGCAUGCCGCAGCCUGACCCUGUUAGAGGAACAAGCGAAGAAAAAGUGACAGAAGAAGAAAGCGGCGAAGUGGGGGAAGCUGGUGCAGAAUCUCCUGAAAGCGGGGCGAAAGACGAGGGUUACUCCACAAUGUCAAGUGACGUCCAAGCAGAUGCUUCUCGACAGAGCGACCACGCCGCCGACAGAGCCUUGCCCGACCUCAACGAGGCCUCCGACGAAACAGACAACCAAACCAUCGUCUCCAUCAAUCCGAGAGAAAGACGGCAUGCCAGACUCCUAACAUCAGACGCGGAUUACAUAUACUUCCCUAUUGGAGUAGCAUUCGCAGGAGUCAGGGGUAGCUACCCGCCAUCUCGGCCAGUCUUGCCUUUCCAACAUGUCGUGAGGAGCUUCUCCGAUUCACAUCUCUGUCUCAAGUUCCUAGCUGGCACAACUUGCCCCACAAGCUGUCUUGACACCCCCACGCCGAGUUCAGGUGUAUUAGUAUUGGAUCUGAAACCAGCGCCAGAGAGGCCACUCAGAAGGCCAGCUAUAGCAUCAACGACGAGUUCCGAGCGAGUCUCAUGGGGGAGUACAGCAGAUGACCGAGCUGAUGGCUCACAGUAUGACGCUGAUUACGUCCAACACUGGCUCGAACUAGAUGAUGCCAGAUCAGCUUUACAACAAAGACAUCGAGAUCUUGCAGAUUUAGAAUACGAUAGAGCAGAACUGGAAGACUGGAGUUUAUCGCUCUCCUGUGAAGAUCUCAGAGACCGACAAUCACCCUUCGCUGAAAUAACGACGCCGGGACAAAUAUCAUUAUCAACGUUACCCAGUAUUAGAGAAGACGACGCAUUAGAGUUAGAAGAAGAUGUUGGUGAUUGUUUAUGGAAUGAUUGUGGUUUUGCGACUAUUGAAAUCGACGAAUGUAGAAUAGGAGAUGACCCAAUUACCUCGGAAAAACGAUGGGACUGCACAGGCACUCAUUCUCCUGGCGGAUCGUGGUCAGAUGCUUCAGAUGUGCCGGACAAGAGGUCCAGUACUGCACUAAGUGAGGAUGGUGAUUGUGGAAACGUGGGUGUUGAUUUCACUCGAGAUUUCUACCGCCUUGUCAAAUAUGAAAGCACAAAAAGCUUAGCCUCUAAUUCUUCAAGGGGUGUACCGUCCCAAGAUGCAAGCAAUCACCUACGAAUACAUGACGUUCAAGCAAUGGCUCUUCAGGAUCGGGAGCAAGCGUUACAAAACGUUUUGAACUUUAUUGCAGAGCAACAAAAAUACUGUCGUGACAGAGAGGAGUCAGACUCGCAUUCAUCGCGACCAGUAUCAGAAAUAAGAGAGCUACCACCUCCGUACGCUUCUGCAGAUUUCGAUGAUGAUUCCGUUGGUCCACGUAGUGAAGUGUCCGAAGAUAGGCAAAGGCCGGACUCUUUUGGCAGUUUCUCUGAAAACGAUUCUUGUGAUGUCGUCCAUCCAGAACAACUGAGAAUUCAAUACAGCGAUUCUGUAUCUGAGCCAAGAUCCACGCCAAGAUUUAUCGAAAGAGAAGAUCCUUACGCUGAAUCUGAAGAUUACUAUGACGAAUUUGCACGAAAUAACGCAGAAAAUGACUUAGAUGAUCAUCAUCUACUCAAAGUGCAGAGAAAGAAUGAAAUAAAUAAGAGCAUCGACAUGAGUCAUUUGACAGAUCUCGACGAUCAGCCGUUAGCUCAAACGAAAGAAGAGAGGCCGUGUGAUAUUGAAUCUAGUCGAAGCCUAGAAAACAAUUCUGCUCUGAAAGAGAACACAGUCAAUAUAAUUAUAAACAAACAAGUGGCAAUAAGCGAGAUAGCUGAGAUUGAUACUUGUUUGUCGAAAUCGUCGAGCUUCCCGUUCACCAGCGGUGAGACUGAACUGUCCCUCGUGGAUGAGGUGUUGAGUGCUUGUAGGAGAAGCACGGGAGCUUUAGUUACCGUCCCAGAAGAGGAGGAGACCUCGUCACCAGAGACGAACUCCCCUCAAAUGACUGAAUCUAACACGACGAGCACUUCUACUGCUGAAACUGUGAUAGUAAGUAAUAAGAAUGAGGCGACUCCGGUUAGGAGGCAUGAGAAGAGUCGCAUACCGAUGCUGAUGGGCGGAAAAAGGCCACCGUCGUCGCCGAGUAGGAACAGAUCGAAGAUCCCGGUGGCUGAGAGGAAUCGCCCGGGGGCGGUGCAGUCGACGUCGGCGCCAGAACCCAUCAUUGUCAAACAGGAACACACGUUAAGUUUCCAUGAGGCCGCUACAUCCAAAGAUGUUAUUGAAGAACUUAACAGGAUGAUCCGCCAAAGCGAAGGUGCGGCGACGACGACGGAUGGGAAAGAAGUCGAUAAGACACAUCCUCACAAAGAUGGCGCGCUAUGGGCGCCUACGGGCUGGGUGCACGUUGAAAAAGACAUUGACUUCAGCGAUCCUAAGGCGAGGGCGAACCUCCUGGACGUGAUGUUGGCGUCAUCAGACUCGUCCCCGUCAUCCUGUGGGUCUUCGCCAGCGGAGGCUCCGCCCCCAUACUCUCGCCUACAUCGCCUACACCGUUCGCGGCGGCAGAAGACCGCGGCGGCGCUGCGCAGCCGCGGGCUGGGCGUGCUGCGCUGGCCGCGCGCGCGCCGCCCCUCCAUCCUCGGCCGCGACGGGUUCUUCGUGCGCUACGGCGACACCGAGCGCGCCGCCGUCGCCACCUUCGACUUCCUCGACGACCUCUCCGGCGGCUCCUCCCCCGACGCCACCAAAGACUGUAUAAACUAGCAAUAAACCACGUCCCCAAAUUAUAUAUUUUUCUAUUUCGUGAUAGUGGAGUGACGAUUACUGACUGGUUAUCGAUAGUGUUGUCUCGCUUUCGCGUAGCCUGUAAAUUGACGGUAAGCCAAAAUUUAAUAGUUUUAUUUUAGGGUGUGUUCGUUCCGUUACUCUCUACGCUGUUUUUGUGUUUUUUUUUUGGAAUGAUGUGGAUGAAAUGAGAAAAACAGAUUGGAAAUUAUGAAAACAGCGUGUGAGCGGACGUCGGGACGGGGGCCUUAUGUAGCGUUGUAUGGAGGAUGGCUGCACGACCCAAGGCUGCAGCUUUAUUAACAUUUAGACAGCUUGAGGAAGCCUCUUUCUAUUAGAUCCAGUAGGUGACGUAGUCUUUUCACUCUUAAACUUAUGACAAAGCACCUAAUGUUAGCUUCCUAGAGUUCCAUUAGUAGAUAUAGGAAGAAGUGGAUAAGACGUGGCAUUGAUGUGCUAAUUUGUAUAAAUUGGUCAGGGAUUCGUUUUCUAGUUAUAAAUUGGAUUUGCUCGUGACAUUUCCUCGUCAAUAUCUUGCGUAAUCUGGAAUAUCACACGUGAUUUGCGACAGCUUGCAGCGAACGUGAUGGCUUCGACGGCAAUAGUGUUAAUACUAAAAGCGAUCGUACAUGUGUCCGAAAAUUAAUCACUUAAUAUACAUUGCUUGAUCGCACAAGAGUUCAAGGAGAUGUCGUAUAACUAUGACAGCAGUGUAUAUCGAGUUGGUUAAGAUUUUCGCAGACGUGUAAGACCAGCUGAACACGGUAACUUCUCAAUGUGUAGCUUACGCUUCUAACCGACAACUUAGGUAAAAGGAAAUAAGUAUUGACUAAGUAAUGAAAGCUGCGGCCUCGAAAUAAUGUGAUAUUUUUGUAUAUACUGUAAGGCCCACUUAUUUUCAUAUACAUUUAAAUUGAUUCCUUUCAAACCGAUCGAAGCAUUGUUGGGUAUAGGGUGUUAAAGUUUUUGUGUUCUCAUAGGACGGUUGUAUCGCCUCUCUUUCUAUCAUUCGCACUGUAACACAGAGUGAUAGAGACAGAGAAUGCGUUGUUUCACGAUCGUAGCCUACUUAAUCGUAAUACAUAGGUACUUAUGUAAAUAUUGACUACGACGUAUUGAACUAGUAACUAAAUGUAAACAUAGUCACUGUAACAAUUGAUAACCAAUAUAAAAUCCAUUAAAUGAAGGGUACUAAAGUAUGUUAAGUGUAUAUAUAAUGCGAUGUCACUGAAUGCUAUUUAUUGAUUUGUAUUAUUUGCUUAUUGUCGAUCAUUUGUGGUAUACUUAGGCACAUAUCAUGAAUUGUAUUGUUUCCUAAUGUUAACGGACCUAAUUGUAUGUUUGCUUAUUUAUUAGAGUAACAAGCAUUUACACUGUAACUUCACUUUAUAACUGUUUCAAAUAUAGAUAAGUUACCCUCUCAGACGGCGCCCUGAGUCGAGGUUCGCGCCCAACUGGGCACUUUCAGGCCUGUUGUCUUAAAUUGUGUCCCUCAGCGCUCCCCAUUUGUCCAGCCAUUCGGCCAAAUGCCAUUUGCGGCAAAUCUACAAUAAGUCACAAAUCAAGAAAGCUCGGUGAAGUGUGUGUGCUUAGAAAAGUUCAUCUUGCGUUGGAUGUAACUCUAACUACCCCGUGAUGUACUCAUGACCUUCUGUUAUGGAGGCGUGAUGACAUGUGUAAUGUAAAUAGAUGCAUGCUACCACAUUAUAAUAAGGAAUAAUACUACGUAUAGAACGGACCCUCUUCGCCCCGCACCAAUUCGUAUGCCGAGGUAAAACACGAAGUUGUACGAAUUUGAACUUCUGACUUUGACACACAGGACACAAGAGCGAGAGAGGACUCAAUAUGUCACAUUAACAAAACAAACUAUUACUUCUUUAAAAUCGAAUUUUCCACACACAUAGAACGCCGAUUCAAGCGUAUUGAAAAAGUUGAUAAUUAUCCUAUAGGUAAGGAAGUACCUACUUACCUGUUUAUUUUAAAUGCUUGCUACUCAAAUAAAUACUUGAGAUCAUUUAUAUCCUGUCCAUAUACUUUGCUAUAGAACUGUGUAUAAGGUUGGUCGGUUUUGAACCACGCUUCUUGGCGUUUCUUAGUAUUUUUAUUGUAUUGUAUUAAAGCUUAGUUUAUUGCGGAACCAAAGUGAAUUCACUCAGCCACCACUCGUUGACACUACACUUUGUUAAAAAUUAUGGUCGUUUUGAUUUUCGGUCUUUGAUGGUACUUAUAUGAGUAGAAGUGCUACUCAUAUGAGUAGCCUGAAUUAAGCAGCGUUUUCUGAAAGAAAGGCACACUGUUCAUAGACUUUAGGCCAGGCGCGCACUACGAGAAAACUGCGCCGCUGCGGCGGCUCUGCCGUCAAGUGCGCGCAAUACAAUUUAAAACUAUUUGGUAUAGAAUUACAGUGCGACAUUAUGCCGCUGCUUUUUCUGCCGCGCGGCGAAAAACUCGUAGUGCGCGUCUGGCCUUCCAAUUCAAACACCCGUAUUCUAAGUUGUUAACUCAAAACUUCCUCCUCUCGACUCGGCCUCAGCUGAGCAUUUUGGUAUUGACAUUUACGUGCUCAACUUAAAGACUACUCACUGGAGUCGAGAAUAUCAUCUUUCUUGUCGUUCCCUCACUGCUGAGGAUCGUGAUUGUAUGUGAUCUUCCUCCACUGGGUUCGGUCCCGUGCCAUAUGUGCAGCUCUUUGUAUUGGGCCCCCUGCUACCUGCUUAUCCUGGUCCACCCAUCUGAUCGGCGCUCGUCAUCUGGCACGCUUACCCUCAAUCAGGCCUAGAAUAAUGUACUUCUGUGAACAGUGCAAUGGCGAUCGCAUUAUGUGUCCAAAGAAACUCAAGACUCUCUCCUGGCAUGUGGUAAGCAGAUGUUUGACGUUUGAUCUCAUUGAGAAUGGAGACGUUGGUUCUCAUGGCUGUCCAAGGAAUGCGUAGCAGCUUUCUCCAACACCACAUUUCAAAAGCUUGGAUCUUAUCGCGUUCCUUUUACUCGAGAUAAGGUUAAAGCGCUGUCUAAGAAUACCGAUUUAGAGCUGAGUUCGGGGUCUUCCUUAGGAACUGAGAACGGAGUCACGGAAAGUUUGAGUUAACAUCUUAAAAUACGGAUAAUACGGGUUUUGGUGCAAUAAAGUGUAUUUGUAUUGUAUUGUAUUGUAAAAGUCUUAUGUAAGAAACUUUACAAUAUUUUUAAUCCUAAAACAUUGGAACAAUUGUUUACUACCUUAAAUUAUUGUACACAAUAAAUUGUAUGAAAAGAAAACAAUUAUGACACAAAUACAAACUCAAAACGACCUAAUGAAAGAAAUA